AUGAUCCUGCUGCUAUUCAUUCUACCAGACAUCUACAGGACGCAGGCCGAUGAUGAGGGUAUACCAGUCCUCCAACCUGAGAUCCAUGUAUCACCAGCCACUACGGUCUUCACACCUCCAUUCUACACUCGAGGCCGAUACAUCCAGGAUGCCGAAGGGAGGAAGGUCAAGUUAGCCAGUAUCAACUGGUACGGGGCCAGCGACAUCCACUUCAUCCCAUCCGGGUUAGAUGUACAACAUCGAGAUGACAUUGCACAGUUGAUCCGAAAGCUAGGCUUCAACAGCGUGCGACUCCCAUAUGCCGACGAGAUCGUGGACAAGAACCCAGUGAUAAACUCAUCCCUGGUUGCAAGCAACAUGGACCUCCUCCAAACAGCCACAACCCCCGGUGAACCAACGGCGUUGGAGGUCUACCAUGCCGUAGUGGAAAGCCUAACAGCAGCGGGACUCCUCGUCAUUGUAAACAACCACAUCACACAGGCAACAUGGUGCUGCGGCAUCAACCUCUGCGACACAGGCUGGUCGAACGACUGGUUCGGCGGAUCGCUCUUCUGUCGCAUCCCCCAAACCGAAGAGCAAUGGAUCCGCAAUUGGGAAACGGUGAUGCGACCGUUAGCAGGGAAUCCACUCGUCCUAGGCGCCGACCUGCGAAACGAGCCGCGAGGACUCUGGGGUACGUUGGGCUGGGAGGACUGGGCAAGCGCAGCAGAGAAGGCCUCGGAACGACUACUCGACAUCAACCCGGACUGGUUGAUGAUCGUGGAAGGGAUCUCAUCAGCGAACGAUCUGUCACGGGUACGGGAACGGCCAGUACAACUGAGUCGGCCGGGCCGAGUGGUGUACUCGGCGCAUGUAUAUAAGUGGUCAGGCUGGGGAGAUCUGUACCCAUAUUCUCAGCGGACAUAUGGUGAAUUUUCAGCAGCGAUGGACAAGAACUGGGCAUACCUGCUUUCUGAGCAUAUUGCGCCAGUCUGGGUUGGGGAGUUUGGAAUGCCUGGUGAGCCGUCAGCAGGUGACCAGAACUACUGGAGUCAUCUGGUACAAUUUCUGGCCGAGGUCGAUACCAACUGGGGAUAUUGGGCGCUCAACGCGCGCAAACCAGACGGGGAAUGGGAGAGUUAUGGCUUGGUGGGGGAUUCGUGGGAUUGGUCGUCGGUGCGGUGGGAUUCGCGACUGGAGGAUUUGCGCGCGCUGGGACUUAUUCAAAGUUAA